AUGAGCAUUAAGUACACUGCACCUGAUAAAACUUCUGUGGGGCAGAAGAAAGAGGCUGCAUCAACCAAUAACGCCAACGCCGACAUCACCAAAGUGAAAAUUUGUUCAGGACACACGCGACCCAUCUGUCAUAUCAACUACAGUGAAAUCAUUGAUGGGACGUUUUGGCUUGUCACCUCUUGCCACGACGCCAAGCCCAUGCUCCGCAACGGUGAAACAGGGGACUGGGUUGGCAGUUUUGAAGGUCAUAAAGGCGCAGUGUACUGUUCUGCUUUCAAUCAACCCGCCACACGCUUGGUCACCGGAAGUGGUGACUACUCCUCGAUCGUGUGGAAUGCAAUUACGGGAGAGAAAAUACACACGUGGAACCACCCCAAAUACAUCAAGUCUUGCGACUGGGUGGAGAAUAAGGUAGCUACAGGGUGCUUUGACGGAUUGGUCCGUAUUUUCGACGCUAAUGCGUACAAUGCAGAGCCCCUUAGCUUUGACAGUCCCGAAAAAGUAAACCAAGUCAAGGCAACGUAUUUUAUUGACCCGACCACAAUGGUCACAGCGUGUGAAACUGUUAUUAUGAAGUGGGAUCUUCGUGAUACUUCUCGUCCCUACUUGCGGAAAGAGAUACCGGGCCUCAACUUUCUUGAGUACACACAUCGCAAUUGCAUCGUUGCUGCCCACGAGAAGAGUAUCUCAUUUAUUGACACCACGUCUUUAGAUAUCAAGAGCUCCUUUACAACCAGCGAAGAUGUGGAAUGCGCAUCGCUUUCCCCGAACGGACAAAACGUUGCUGCUGGAUCAAAACUAAAGGCCAAGGAAUUUACAUUGGAUGGUACUGAGAUAGAAUGUCACAGGGGUCACCACGGGCCCAUCUUCCAUAUUCGGUGGGCCCCCGAUGGAAAUUCUUUUACUUCCGGUGCGGAAGACGGCAUGGCUCGCAUCUGGCCCUCACACGACAUCAUUGAGACGUAUGAUGCCGAGAACUAA